AUGGAGAGGGGGAAGGGGGAGGAGGGGAAGGGCAAGGAGGCGGCGGUUGACGACACGCAGUUGGCGGCACCAUCGGCGGCCGGAGCUGCCCCAGAUCUGAGCUCCGGUUGGGGCCAGACGGCAAGAUACGGCUGGCCGGUGGCUGCACCGGCGAGCAAGAAGCGUGCGCACGAGACGGAGGCGCAGAUGCGGCGGCGGAAGAAGAAGAACCAGAAGACCCGAGAGAGGCAGGAGAGGAAGGCGGCGGGGCUCAAGAUCAACAGCCCCGACGACGUGCCCACCUUCGAAGAAUUCGACUCCGCCGACCCGUCCGAGGAGGAUCCUUCGGAUGAAGUCUGUUCUGACCGGGAGGAUAGGGACGUGAAGAGUAGGCAUGUUCUCCGCAGGCUUAGGUCUGGGGAGAUUCGUUACCUUCUUGGCCCAGGGAGGUUCAAGUGCCCCUGGUGCAGCCGCAAGGAAAUGCCGACGGACUUCCUCGGCAUGUACCAGCAUGCCACCUACACUGGUGUUGGCAGCGGGCAGACACCCGCACACAUCAGGGCCAAGCAUGCCGCAUACGGCCUCUUCCUCAAGAAGUACGCCCCCAGGCAGUAG